CACAAGACCUGAGUCAGAUGAUUUUCCCCUGAUGAGCUGCGUCAUCAACCUACGUCCUCAUACACACGAAGACGUCAACACAGGAUUGCCUUAUACUGCAUUCGUAUCUUCUAUCCAUCGUGCAUGUAGGCGGAGUGUUGUGGUGGUGGUGGGCGGCAGUGAGUGUUGCAGAGGUGGCGGCGCAGACCAACAACGUCCCCAGCCUGGAGGAGAUGAGCCCUCAGCCAGGGCCAAGUGCACUGGAGGUAAUAGCUGCGGCAGUAGUGAGUGUGUGGGAUGAAGAGAAGCUGCGGCAUGUUUUUGAUUUGCGGAGGACACUGCGGCAGAGCGGACGUCACGUGAGGGAUCUGUCGGCUCUGAUCUUCCCCUUCUUGAACUAUGCUUCUGUCAUCACACAGGCGGUGUCGAAUGUGCCGUUCUUGAUAUCAGCGUUGGUGUCAGCUGUGUCGGCAGUGGUGGCAGCAGUGGGAUCUGGCCUGGCACUAGUGGGAACUGGCAUUGAAUACGGAGGACAAGCUACAUACGCGCUUGGCACCAUCAUAGAGGCGUCGUCAUCCAAGGUGCCCACAGGGAUAACGCUGGCUGUGCUGAUUGGAACAUGGCUCAUUGUCACCUAUCCAGGGUUUUAUCACCAGUUCUUCUCCACUCUAGCAUCAGCAGGGCUCGGGUUGGCGGGGCUGGUGGCGUCCCAGGUCAGAGUGUUCGUGCCGGACCACACACUCUGGGCCACACUCCUCGACACCUUCCAACGAUUCGUCUUCACACUUGGGACCGAAUUCUUCGCAUGAUCUCUACACACAAGUCAUUAUCUUUGGCACUUGUGUAUCUACAGCUGGCCUCCAUGCCCGGCCACUAAAGGUUCAGUUUCAAUGUUGUCUCAAUAUUUCACCUUAAUAUCUGACAUCUGUGUCUUACCUGUAGGAUCAAUCCCUAGACUGCUGUCCAGUAUGCCUGACGCUUAUGGCUAGACUCUACGUCUCGCCUGUAUGUCUAGCUUUUGUAUUUUUCUCUACACGGUCUCUAUAUAUUUCGUCUGUUUGAUUAGAGAUUCGCAAGUGUGCCCCAAUCCGACCUCGGAAAGUCUACACCCGAUCUGCACCCAUCUCAACAUAGAGCAUCCCAGAGUUGACGUCAGCAACAUAAGACUGAAUAGAUCUUCCAGAAAAUUAUAGUAAUUAUUUUCAGCGGUGUCUAUAUGAUCUUUAUUGCAAGAUAUCAUUUUGAAGGUAUACUGCUUGCGGUACCUACAAUUUACCGAGUGUUCUGAGGAGCAGGACGUUGUCAUUAUACCUAAGUAGUUUAACUUGACCUAACACCGCUAUUAUUGAUAAGGAAAGUCCCUAAAAGUUGCUCCAUCAGAUCAAAGGUUAGCUGUUCAUGCAAGUUUUAUAUAAUAAUUUUAUUUUCCAUUCUGAUACACUAUUAAAGAUUAUUCUGUU